UGCGCCCUGCGUUGCCCGCUGGAGCCCGUCACCAUCCUCCACACGACGUGCUGCCCUGCACCCGCAGCCAUGUGCCGGACCCUGGCCGCCUUCCCCACCAACUGCCUGGAGAGAGCCAAAGAGUUCAAGACACGGCUGGGGGUCUUUCUUCACAAGUCAGAACUGGGCUCCGGUACUGGGAGUGUUGGCAAGUUCGAGUGGGACAGUAAACACAGCAAAGAGGGCAGAAACUUCUCAGAAGACGUGUUGGGGUGGAGAGAGUCAUUUGACUUGCUGCUGAGCAGUAAAAAUGGAGUGGCCGCCUUCCACGCCUUCCUGAAGACAGAGUUCAGCGAGGAGAACCUGGAGUUCUGGCUGGCCUGUGAGGAGUUCAGGAAGCUCCGGUCAGCUACCAAGCUGGCCUCCCGGGCUCACAGGAUCUUUGAGGAAUUCAUCUGCAGUGAAGCCCCCAAAGAGGUGAACAUAGACCACGAGACCAGGGAGCUGACCAGGACGAACCUGCAGACGCCCACGGCCAUGUGCUUCGACGUGGCUCAGGGGAAGACGCGCACCCUGAUGGAGAAGGACUCGUACCCGCGCUUCCUGAAGUCCCCAGCUUAUCGGGACCUAGCUGCCGAAGCCGCGGCCGCCUCCGCCUCUGCCUCCCCAUCCGAGCCCUCGCAUACCUGAGCCUCCAGGCUGGGAGGGGGCCGGCCAGGCAGAGAGGUUGGGUCGCCCGUAGCCGAGGCGCCGCCGCCGUGUGGGGGGGCGGGUUCUGCAAAGCCAGAGAGGACAGCGAAGGGAAACGCCCACCCGGUGACACCCUCUCCUCUAGACCCUGCGGGACUGAAUUCCGUGCGUGAGAGGGUUCCCCCACUUCUAGGACCUGCGCCCAAGGGCUGAAGAGGAGGGUUGUGUGUGGCUCUCUGGGGGAAAAGAAGGAUGGUGCAAGAGUCAGCAUCGGCUCUGGCCCUUCUCAGCGGGGCAAGGGAUAUUCCAGGGUGCUUUGGGAAACUUGUGGAUAAAAGGAAACUUGAAAAUGAGUGAGGAAAAGACAAGCAGGUUAGCCGUUCUGCCUGUCCGUCGGUGGACACAUCCUGGUUUCCUGGUUCCCAGACUGUCCUGGGCACACAGGGAACCGUGGAUGUGGAGCCUUCCCAUCCCGUCCUCUUCACCUGCCUCUGGGCUGCCCGGCGGCUUCCUUAGCUUGCAUUUCUCAACACUCCUGUGUCCAGCCUGGCAGUCUUGUCAAGGCCAGAGAACCAAUGUGAUGCUUGCCCCAGAUGAGAUUUUUACCUCAAACACUGGCCUUCAAGCCCCUUUCCAGAUCAAUAGAGAGCCCUGAAAAGAGGCCAUCUUGCUUAUGUGAAAUGAACCUUGGUGCUCCUGGUGGCCUCUUGCGGGUGCCCCGACCCUGUGUGUGUAUCAGGGUCCACCUGUGAGCAGGGCCCGCUGAGGACCUCUUGCUGGGAUGUGCCCUGUCUUAGCUCCGUGCUGCUGUUGAAUGUGGGGCCCAUCAGGAGAAGGGCAUGGGGCCUCUUGGUGAGCGGCUAGUCCAGCUCUUUUGCCGGGCAGGGUGGAAGGAGGGAGAAAAGGAUCCUGAGAAACAAAUCUCUUGGCAGUUCCAGAGAAUCCUCUUUAAAUCAAGCUCAUCUUUUAUUUUUGUGGGUAUGAGAACAGCGAAAAAGAGAUUCCCCAGGAUGGAAGGGGAGCCUCGUGUUUCUUUCCUGUGGAUGUGAGGUAACGCUCACUGGGGUGUUGGGAGAAAUGAGGCAGGGACCUCAAUGAACUUGGAUGGACCGUAGAAGCUGGGAGUGAGGCUGGGAAGAGCAGGACUGGGGGCAAUCAGAACCCGCUGGUCACCUCAUGGCAUCACUGAGCACAUGUUCCGUGGUGGGACUUCUGCCUGGGCCCAGGCUGGGGAGGUGAAUUAACCGGGCAGCUCCCCUGUGCCCCAGGAAAAUCCACACUGUUCUCUCUGCGCUAUGAGCUCCUCCAGGAGACAAUUAUUUAAGUCUAACAUAUUGUUGGUUUUGUGACAGUGGUCAUGGCACAUUAUUUUCACUGCUGUUGUCGUGUUGUUGUAUUGUUAUUUACUGUCAUUUGAGUUUGCCUCUACUGGAGAAUCUCAACAGGAGCUGGCGGCCUGACUGUCUCCCUCUCCACUGGACUCUACCUCUUGAACAUGCUGGGAACCUCUUAGCGCCUGUCAGGAACUCCUCCCUGUUUAAAUAUUUAUUUAUUGUUGACAGCUGGAACUGGUUUUCUGAUGUGAAUGAUGUACUCGAUCCCCAUUUUCCUGCUUCAGCAUGUUAUUUUAUUGUGAAAUAAAAUAAAACCCA